AAUAUUAGAACUCUCCGAGCCCGUAACAAUUGGAAUCUAAAACAGCAAGAAGUAAAAAAGAAAGGAAAAACAGAAAACACCCGAAAGCCAAUAGCUUGGUGUGCGGAGACAGACUUGCAAAGAUCGACGCUUUGUCUUUCAACGUGAAACUUAUAAAAGUAGAAGGUAGUGGGUUCGAAGAGAAACAGAACUGGAAGUUUUCGUGACAGCCAUGAACACGAACACACGUGUAUUUCUACUAGAAGUCCACGGCAGUGAGGAAACAAGAAGAAGGAUCUGGUGAAAGUGACUUGCUUGUCUUCAGAUUCACCUUGUGGAAAAAAUCAUAGGAUUACAGACGGCAAAGUACGGAGACUUCAAAAUGCUACCUGCACUUAUGAAGAGAUGGCUCUGGAAGCCUAAGAGGUCUGACAUGCGACCUUUGGCUCAGUUCUACUAUGCUGAUGAAGAUGUGACACGGGUGACAGCAGAGUUAAAUGGACUCGACCUCAGGAAGGACCUGCAGAAAUAUCUUCUAUUGCUUCACCAGCUCAGGACACUACAGGACCGCAUGCUGCAAACUAUUGAGGCAGUGAUGGAAGAGUGCAUUCCUAACCAGAGACAGAGCCGACAGUACCAGAUCAAAUUCCCAGACGAGAUCCUACAUGAGAAUCUUGGAGUUCAGCUGUGGUUUGCUGCAGAGUGUCUUUCUGCUGGUUCCUUCCUGGAAGUUCGAGAGGCAGAGGGACUUCUAUUACGCCCACUGGCAGAAGACCUGCUUCGCUCACUGGAGGUGGUAAGACUGCUGCUGAGGGAACAAAGUUUGGGUGACUUUCGAAGUUACUCGGCCCAUGUGCAAGAGGCCCUUCUCCAAUAUGACCACUCCUACUGCCAGUUUGAACUCAGAUAUAUUUCCACUGUGAUUCCAGUAAAGUCAGCUGAAGAAUUGCAACAGCAGCAGGAGAUUGUAGUGCUUUUUUGUGAGACUGUUAGCAGAGCACUGACGUUGGGUUACCUCUCACAGGACCUGAUUGAUGGCUAUGAGCCGCUCCUGAUGUUUACGAUCCCCAGACUCGCCAUUAUUUGUGGACUACUGAUAUACCCAGAAGGGCCACUGGAUCUCGGAAAGGGUGCAGAUGAACUGUCUCCUCUGUUCAGACCCUUCUACUCACUACUAGAAAAGAUCAGGGACUUGCUGCUUGUGCUGACACCUCAGGAGCUCCACAUUCUUGAGAAAAGCUUGUGUGCUGCUGAAUCCAAUGGCCUACUUUGCUCGGUACCCUCUGCUGGGAGUGACCAGAAUACUAUUGCCCCAAACACUUGUGAAGCUGCAGAGUGCAUGCCAUCUCUUGAAACCACUCAGCAGGACUUUGUCAUGGAUUCUCAAGCUUCCAUUACAGCACAGCCUGGUAGCCAAUUUCUGCCAUACACUCACAAUGACCGAGUCCCCUCUAGCCUUUUUCCUCAUUGUCCAUUCAACCAGAAUUCAUCCCAAGACCUUCCUGGUUUGGAGUGCAGAACUCUUACACCUGUAUCUCAAGGAGGAUGGGACAGGAGGACUCCCAGAAUGGCUGUAUCCAAUCAGACUUUGAUAUUUCAUGGCCAUGGGCACCAGCCGAUAUUUCAUGGCCAUGGGCACCAGCCAGGAGUGAAUAUACAGGAAUAUGGGACAGAUGCACAAUAUCCUUUGGCAGAGAGUAGUCAGGAGAGACUAGCAAGUGGAAAUGGACUAAGUGUUUUGAAUCAAGGAAGGCCUCAGAGAUCAGGGUCAUGGAGCAUUGCACCCAAGAUCCAUGAGGUAGAAAGCAUGGAUACAACUAAGGUACCGUACAGAUGGGAGUCACCAGUAGCAGGACUACCACCACAAGUCAAUGGCAGGACAUCAAGCAUGCCAAGGGGCCAACAACACUACACUAUGGAGGACACAAGAAGGAAGGAGCUUCGAGCCCGCUACCGUAGCAGCAGUGACAUGAUUCACCGACUCUUUGUGUGCAUCUCAGGCGUGGCGGACCAGCUUCAGACCAACUUUGCCAGUGAUAUGCGGCUGAUCCUCAAGUCUGUCUUUGAAGUGACAGCAAGUAAAGUGGAGAUUGAUGACCAAGAUUACCUGCACAAUCCAGAGGAAGAAGUACUUUGUCCAAGGAUGGAAGUCUGCAUACUCUGUGAGGAGCUGUCCAGUGGCCAUUUGGAGACCAACAACCCUGCAGCAGCUCCUCCCACCUGGGUCCCGGACAGUGCUUGUGACUGCUGCUCAGCCUGCAGAGUAGUCUUCACUUUCCUGAGGAGGCGACACCAUUGCCGAAGUUGUGGAAAGAUCUUUUGCUCAAGCUGCUCAUCCAACAUGGCACCUAUACCCCGGUUUGGACUGAUGAAACCUGUUCGUGUUUGUAUUCACUGUUUUAAUUUUCACACUGGUGGGGAUCCUGCACAAUGUUGAUGCAAUGAGAAAAGUAGUCUAAUUUGAGACUCUGCAAAGGACAUCUAUCCAAACAUUGUUUUCCUGGAAAAAUUACUUCCUGCUGAAACUUUGACAUCUCUACUUCAAUAUAUAUUUUGCAAUUUACUGUAAACUAAGUCCAAGGUGCAAUACAUUUUAUUUUGCCUCUUGCUGUAUAGGUGUGUUUUUUAAAUGAAAUUUCAAGAAUAUACAGAACAAAGAUGUACCCACAAGAGGGCAGCAUUCAGUGAAACACCAGCUUAUCAGUCAUAAACAAUGGUUUUCUUCUCCCAGUUAAGUUUUUAAAAAGGUAUUCACGUUUCAAGUGUAAUAUCAUAAACUAUUUUAUACAUUAUAUGCAAGUCUCCUCUUACAUUCCAAAUGGUUAACUGUCCUAAUGGUCCUCUGGUUCAAAGACAUUCACAGAAAAUUUAAUAUUUAAGCUGUAUAUGGGAAAUGUCCAUUCAUUUAUUCUCUUCACCCACUUACCUUAUUCAACUUUAUAUUAACCUCAGCAUUAUCCAGACAUUGUAAGAACCAGCCCACUGCAUAGUUUUACACACACACACACACACUCCUAGUGCAUAGACUUCUAGUUCUCAAUCAGUGAAAAUACAACAUAGACAGUGACUGGGCUGGGACUCCAAUCCCAUCCCCUGAAGCUGUACGGCAACAGGUCUAAGCUUUCAGCCACAGUGCCCCUCCAGGAGGAACAUCUUUCAUGCAAGUACACAUGCAUUGAAAAACCAUAGCGCCCUUACUGGAUCUCACCUUCAAGUAAUAAUCAGAUGACCAGAACACUAGCUCCUACCAAAAUAGUUCAGUUUAUGAUAAAUAACAAAACACAGAGAGUCGGUUGAGAGAAGAUAAAAUACAUAUAAAAGGAAAUUGACAGCUUUCAGCAGAGAAGGCCUGUGUACUUGCCCACCUCCCUCCUCUUUGUCUUGUUUGAUCUGACCCUGUGCCCUAAAUUUCAUCCUCACUCUUGAUUUAUCUCACCAUGUGGCUUCUAAUCACCUCCUAGAGUCAAAUACGAUUAAUCCCCUCACUCACUUCCAGCAUCAGUACCUCCUUAGGCCAUGGUGAUGCCAGUCUAGAACUUCCCUUAGUGGCCUCUGGUGUCCCUAUAUUCUAAACUCUUAUGUCUCCUUAAAGAGCUGGGUCACCAAAGCAGCUCCACUGAUGCCUCUUCCUGCAAAGGGGCAACACACUCUCAUUUCUUAAAGUUAGAGACCAUGUACUGCUGCCUUAUUAACAACUAGUAGGAUAUUAGACCCCUGGCAUCCUUUCUGGCCUUGCCAUGAGUCGCAUUACCCCAACUUCCUUCUUAGCCAAGAAAUGGCAAGCAAGAUCUUGUGCUUCACCUGCUGGCCUGUGGAUCUCUGGGCCUCUUGACUCGAGGGUUGGGAAUCUGCUACUUAUGCCCCCAACUUUCUGCUAUCAGGUGUGCAAAGGUGUUCUGUAAAUAUUAACCCCAUUACCCUAUCUGUUGCCACCUUUGCGGCACAGUUACCACCCAGACACACAACACUAGUGAUUUUACUUUGCCAAAAACAUUUAUUUAAGAUGACUUUCUUUGAGUUGUUGCUUCUCAACUUUCUUCACCAGGUGUGACUUUGAUGUGGAGACUGAAAACCAAUUUUGGAGCCUGCCAAUCCAACAGUCCCAUUCACUUAAUUUGCACAGAAGCAUAUUGUGUGCAAAUACACACACAGCUGUACUUAAUUGAAUGCUGUGCUUAAUUAUUCAAGAAUCCGUUUAACAUAAUAUUACUAUAUAGGGUGGUGAGUAACAUUGCUGCUUCACAGAUCUAGUAUCCUAGAUUAAAAUCCUCAAAAAGUAUGCAUGUGUUCUUUGUCCCUUGGUAGAUUUCCCAUUAUAUUCCAAAAGAUGAGUUUGGGUUAUUUCUGAUUCUAAAUUGGAGCUGUGCGGGUGUGUAUAUGAAUAGUCUAUGUCAGGGAUGGUUCUUGCCUUGCAGCUGAUGCUGUCAGGGUAGUUUUCAAUAAAAUGGGCUAAGAAGAUGUGCUUCUUGAACCAAUAACUGAUUGCACCUUCUCUGGCAAAAAUAACUGCUACCAAAUGUUGCCUAAAUUUACCAAUCAGUCUUUCCAAGUGCUUAGGUGAAUUUUUGGUCAACUCUUUGAUUGAACUGAUUCAGAUUGGUUAGAUUUUUGAUUUUGAGGCAUAUAUUGCUUGGUUCUGGUUGUGUCGCACUGUUUCAAACAUGUUUGAGGCUGGUCUUUCAUUAGUAUCUACAUCAUUUUACAGUAAAUACAUUUUUCUUCAA